GACAAACAGAUGCUUGGAGAGAUUUGCGUUCGAAUGGGUUUGAUACAAAUCGAAAUCACGUUUGUAUUUUGCCUACCUGCGUAGGUGAUCCAGUCUCAAAUCGCGACAAUUUGUAGCAGUCGAUGCUUGAUAUCAAGAAUAAAAUAUCCGUGGCACCAACAACCUCACUCCGCAGCUCACUUACAUUGCUGCGCCGCUGCAAAGCCUUUUCAAAAUUCUCGACCCGACUCGCUACUUGUGUGUUGUAUCACAUUGUGCUGAGAUGGCAGUGAGUUCUCGGUUCGACAUACGGUCAUUUGAUAUCUCGGCGACCAGAAUCAAGUCUUUCAAAACAACAACCAACCAACAAACGAACACACUGUCAAUCAUCAACAACUCAACUAUUCACACAAUCAUGGACAUACUCCAGACCAAGCCAAUCCUUACGGCUGUCUCAGUCGUAGGAGUAACUCUCCUGGGCUACUUCUUCACACGAAUCUAUGCAGCGCAGAUGCUCAUGGUAAAGCUUCAGACGCAAUGCUGCGUCAGUUUUUCAACCCUUCUCUAUGAACGCCAAUGAAGAACAUUUGCAGCCCGUAGCGCCUGGACAUUCCUUCUUCUUUGAAUACCUUUUCUUGCUUGGGAAGAUGCCGAAGUGCCUCCCAAAAGAUGCUCACUACCAACGCAUGUUCGGCGAGAUCUACCGCGACCAUUUUGAGUCUACAGGCGUAUAUUAUAUGGAUCUCUGGCGCAUGACUGCCAUCUCUAUAAUGCAGACAAAUACUUUAAUCUCCGCGCGCAAAGCUGACCCUAUGCCGCGCUUCUUCAAGCCAAUCGUAGGAGGCCCCUGUAUUUUCGAUAUGCCCCAAGACUCGUGGAGACCGUGGCGCGCUGUAUUUAAUAACACGUUUAAUAAUGAACAUUUCCAGAAGCUGGUCCCGGAAAUAGUCAAGCCGAUUGAAGUUUAUAAGGAUAUUUUAAGGUAUAUCAUUGAUUCCUUUCUUCAUUGUUGUCCAAUGUCUACUUUUUUUUGUUUGGCUCGCUGAAUGCCUCGUAUUCUCUGAUGCAAUCUUUCGUUUUUCACUUCGUCUUUCAACCCAUCCCUAAUUAAAAUUUGCUAAUUGUUUAAUACUUUGAUAGAGAGCACGCCGAAAAGGGUGGUAUGUUCUAUCUGGAUAGCACGACUCUGCUUCACUAUGGAUCUGAUUGGCAAGACAAUCAUGAACACCGAUUUUCAUGCUCAACGCGGGUACAAUGUUCUUGCAGACUCUAUGGUCAGCCAAAUUCGCUGGCAUGAGCCAGAUACCGCUAUCGACCCCUUGAGCCGCAUAAUUGUAGUAUGAUGGUAUAUGGAAUGGUCUAACGGGAGAAAGAUGGACGCAUAUAUCAGUGCAGAGCUAGGUAGAAGAUAUGGGGAAUACAAAGCCGACUCCAAAGAUUCACGUAGCAAAGCUAUUAUUGAUUUCAUCUUGCAAACAGAAAUCGCCCCCGACGUCGAUGUCAAGCCAGAAAAAUUAGACCCUGAUUUCAAGGUAUUCGCGACUAGACAAAUACGCUUAUUUGUUUUCUCGGGUCAUGACUCACUCAGUAGUACAAUCUGCUACAUCUACCAUUUACUCUCGAAAAAUGUCGAGGCGAUGCGAAAAGCCAUAGAAGAACAUGAUCUUGUCUUUGGAAGACAGGUCGAUGGAAGCGAACUUUUAAAAACCAAACCACAUCUCGCAAAUGAUUUGCCUUACACAACAGCUGUCAUCAAGGAAACGCUUCGGCAUUUCCACGCCGCGUCAAGUUCCAGACAAGGAUAUACGGGUGUUAAUCUUUAUGAUGAGCAGGGCACUGCAUGUCCUGCUAACCAUACAGUCUGCUUCACCGACCGCGUAGGCAUGCACUACGCACCGAAGUACUGGGUUAGACCCGAAGAAUUUCUUCCAGAACGAUGGCUAGUAGACCCAGGUCAUGAGCUAUAGCUUGUGAAAGGUGCAUGGAGACCGUUUGAAUAUGACCCAAGAAACUGCAUUGCCCAGGGACUAGUCAUGUCAGAGUUGAGGGUUUUGUUCGCCUGUACUGUACGAGAAUUGGUAUUUGAGGAUGCAUAUGAAGAAUGGGAUAAGUCUCAUAAGAAGAAAGGGCCACAAGCUCAUAGAGAGAGAGCAUACCAGAUUGAAAAAGCUGCGGCACAACCGAGUGCCCACUAUCCUUGUCGAGUGAGGAUGAUGAAUGUUUGAUAUUAGAAUUGGGUUGAAUAAGGGGUGACGUGAGGUAUUCAUGGAUUCGGUGAUCCGGUAAGGGCGACUGUUAGCAAUAAGGUAGAAAAGUUGAGUUAACUUUAAAGUCA